GCCACAUCAUGAGUCUCCUGGGGCGGGUAGCUGUGCAUCGUGCCAGGAAAGCCGCCCUGCUCUGUGUAGUCUUCCUGAUGGCGCGAGCGUGGAGCAGCGCCUCCCUGGCCUUGGCGGGGGCGGCGGUGUCUCAGGGACCCCAGGGCUGUCCACCGCAGUGUUCCUGCAGUAAUCAGCAGGGGAAGGUGGUGUGCACCCGACGUGGCCUCACCCGUGUGCCCCCUGGCAUUCCUGCCAACACGCGACACCUCAAUCUAAUGGAAAACGCCAUCGAGGCGGUGCAGGCUGACUCCUUCCGCCACCUGCACCACCUUGAGGUGCUCCAGCUUGGGCGAAAUGCCAUACGGCAGAUUGAGGUGGGCGCGUUUAAUGGACUAACCAGUCUCAACACACUGGAGCUGUUUGACAACCGGUUGACAGUGGUGCCCAGUGGGGCCUUUGAGUACCUGUCUAAACUAAGAGAACUGUGGCUGAGGAAUAACCCCAUUGAAAGUAUCCCAUCCUACGCCUUCAACCGAGUGCCCUCACUCAUGCGACUGGACUUGGGAGAAUUACGGAAACUGGAGUACAUCUCAGAAGGCGCUUUUGAGGGCCUACAAAACCUCAAGUACCUCAACCUGGGCAUGUGCAACGUAAAGGGUGAUAUGCCAAACCUGAGUCCACUCAAGGGCCUGGAGGAGCUAGAGAUCUCUGAAAAUCACUUCCCAGAGAUAAAGCCAGGCUCCUUCAAAGGCAUGCGUUCACUGAAAAAACUCUGGGUGAUGAACUCACAAAUCACAGUUAUCGAGCGCAAUGCUUUUGACGACCUAUCUUCAUUGGUGGAGCUUAAUCUUGCCCAUAAUAAUCUGAGCGCUGUGCCACAUGAUCUGUUCUCCCCGCUCAGGUACUUGGUGGAGCUCCAUCUCCACCAUAACCCUUGGAACUGUGGCUGUGAGGCUGUAUGGUUAGCACGCUGGCUAAGGGAGUACAUCCCUACUAACUCAACCUGCUGUGGACGCUGUCACUCACCUGCCAGCAUGCGAGGUCGACAGUUGGUUGAGGUGGACCGAGGAGAGGGCGCUGCAAGCCAGUGUUCUGCACCAUUCAUUGCUGAUGCACCAAGAGACUUGAACAUCUCAGCAGGGCGAGUGGCCGACCUACGCUGCCGCACAGCCCCAAUGUCAUCAGUCCGCUGGCUCCUACCCAAUGGGACUAUCCUGACACAUGCCUCUGGUCACCCAAGAAUAUCAGUGCUCAAUGACGGAACCCUUAAUUUCUCAAAUGUCCUGGCAACAGACACUGGCACUUACACCUGCAUGGUGUCCAAUGCAGCUGGGAACUCCAAUGCCUCGGCCUACCUCAAUGUGAGUGCAGCUGAGCUCAAUACAUCCAACUUGAGUUACUUCACCACAGUGACUGUAGAGGUCUUGGGGCCAACCACUGAGAUGCCCAAACCUAAAACCACCACGACCACAGCUGCUGCUGCUGCAGGGGCUGGGGUAGCUGGAGGAGGAGGGGUAGGCCUAGGGACAACAACUACAACUGCCUCUCCUUCAGUCUUUCAGCCAGUCUUCAUCUCCACGCCAACCGUUCUGCUUCAAAGUACUGAUAGCCCACCAGGUGCAGCCAAGUCAUCUGUGGCGCCAGGACCCAAAGGUGCCACUGGUAAACCAGGAAAGACAGGCCCAAGCCUGGAUGAAGUGAUGAAGACCACUAAGAUCAUAAUAGGUUGCUUUGUGGCAGUGACACUGCUGGCUGCUGUCAUGCUCAUUGCCUUCUACAAAUUGAGAAAGCGCCACCAGCAGAGGAGCACAGUGGCAGCUGCCCGAACAGUGGAGAUCAUCCAGGUGGAUGAGGAGGACCUUCCACCACCAGCGUCUGCAGCUCAAGAGACGGCUCUAACAUUGCCUGAAAUCCGGGACCACAACAGCAUACACAAACUGGACUUUAUCAGCCACAAAACUGACUACAGCUUUCACAAACCCAAGGCCGAAUACAAACCUCAGCCAGACUUCACCCUUCACAAGCCAAAGGCUGAGUACACCACAUAUAAGCCAAAUAUGGACUUCAGUAGCCACAAAUUCAUCCCAGAUUACAGCACUCACAAAUCAACACCAGAUUUUAGCCUUCAUAGAGCAAAGCCUGACUACAGCCCAUUUAGACAGGACUACAGCACUCACAAACCUAAAGCAGAAUACAGCCCAUUCAAACCAGACUUUGGAACUCACCCAAAAACUAAAUCAGACUACAGCCCCUUCAAACCAGAUUACAGUACUCAUCCUAGGCAGAAAGCUGACUUCAGCCCAUUCAAACGAGAUUACAGCACCCAACCAAAACCUAAACAUGACUACAGCCCAUUAAAAUCGGACUACAAUACACAACAUACAACCAUAAAGGCUGAAUACAGUCCAUUCAAACCAGAUUAUGGCACUCACCCAAGACCUAAACCAGAUUACAGCCCAUUUAAGCCAGACUACAGCACUCAGCCUAAACCCAAAAUGGACUACAGUGCCCAGAGGUCUAAAACUGACAGUUCCUACAAACCCAAGGACCCUUACACUCCACAUAAGACUGCAACUGAUUACAGCGCCUUCAAGACCGACUUCAGCCCCCACAAAGCGGAUUACAGCGCCUUCAAGUCUGACUUCAGUCCACACACUCAGAGACCUAAACUUGAUUACAGUCCACACAAAAUGGACUACAGCCCUCAUAAGGUGGACUACAGCACUCUAAAGCCCAAAUACAACACCUACAAACCAACUGGCCAUGGGGCUAAAUGGACAGACAACAACGUUGGAAACUCUUUGCCUCGAACCUUGCCCAGCACCAUCACAGCAAUGGCUGAGCCCUAUGCCAUAAAAACUCACACCAAGGAGAAGGUACAGGAGACUCAGAUUUAAAGAGGCCCCCCAGAAGGCUCCCACUCUUUUCCCUAGGUCCCUAGCUCCCACCCAUCCAUGUCCCACGCCCCCCCUCCCC